UUUCUUCUUGUACACCUGAAAGCUAGCUAACGAUAGCGUUAGCACAGCAGCUCCAGGGAUGGCGGAGGUUCCCGGGACAUCAAGUGAGACGAUAACGGAGACUGUUCAGACCAGCACACCGCCUCCGCCCCAGCAGGAGGGAAGAAGCCUGACAAUCAAGCUGAGGAAGAGGAAGACUGAGAAGAAGGUGGAGUGGUCCAGUGACACCGUUGACAAUGAGCACCUGGGAAGAAGGUCUUCAAAGUGCUGCUGUAUCUAUGAGAAGCCCCGACAGUUUGGAGAGUCGUCCUCUGAAAGCGAGGGAGAUGAUGAUGAAGAAGGGUGUGGCAGCGCUCACUGUAUCCUGGGCCAUGGAAGGAGAGGCGAUGGACAGAGAGGGUCUGGGGGUACCACAGUGCCCCCAAACACUGGAGGGUCUCAUACCCACUAAUGAGCUAUGUAGGCUGAUUGUGGGAUUUUGAGUGGUUUCUCACCACAGCAUUGCCGUAUUAUAAAACUGCACUCUUUUUUUGAGUUACAUCACUGAGGUACAGGCAGGCCUGAUGCUGCGUUCUAGUCAUGAGUCAGAAUCUGUACUGCUGCUCUGAGAAACACAGAGUAACACAAAUCUGGCAGAUAAAAGACAAAACCAGGAAUCAACAUAUGGAGACAUUCAAUUUUAAAUCAUUCUCUCAUUUCAACGAAUAAACGCAUGCUCAGUAUUUUGCCAAUUAACAUGAAUGAAUGAUAUAUACAAGCUUAAAUUUCUCUUAUCUAAAGCUUUUAUCACAAAGGACACAUGAUGUGAUAAUAAUAGGUUCUAAAGGACUGUACCAGUGUUUAUGCUCGUAUUAGCCCUUUUGCUACACAGCACACACAAUGUGUCUUCAAUUUCAGCUGAGCUUUUUCAAAAGCGUGAUAUAGGGUGAUACUAAAUGUUCUGCAGCGCAGCAGCAUGAUUUAACACUGAUUUGUCAUAAAUGAGCUAAAACAAAUAAAAACACGCUUUUAUGGUGUACAGUGAUGUCACCAUGUCAAACAAACUGCAAACAAUUGGAUCAGUGGUUUAAAUGAACAUUUCUGUACAAAUGUGAUGGCAUGCAGUGGUGACAGUAGAACUUCACUAAUACCAGUACACUAACCCUUCUAGUUCAAAUCACAUGGAUGUACAUUACAUACCUGUUGAUCAUUUUCAAGAACGUAAGCUGCAGGUGUCUGACAGUAUUAAAAAAAAACACAACAGUGUAGAGUGCUUUGGAAAAUGUUCAUGAGCUGUGAUUUGUCAUGAAAGAGCUAAAACAAAUGUCAGUGUCUUUACACCUUUGCUUUAAACUCCAUCCAUCACGUUGCACUUUCUCCAGCAGCAGAUUGGACGUUAUGACUCUGAGGCGUCUCUGGAACGCAGCACACAGUUUGGAGAGUGGGAGAGGGAUAGAUACAGUCUGCCUGUGUAUUUAGCUCAUGACAAAGUGGCAGAGUUAAUUGUAUAUAAUUCAGGACAUCACUUUUUAUUUUUUUAUUUAUUUGCUGGUCUUAAUUCUAUACUUGCUAAUGCUCGACAUGCAAUCAGCCACGGUCUGUAGUAACAUUGCAUUAAUACUCCAUGAUGUGUGGAUUAAAAAGUGGACACCCACAGAGAUCCCAUUUUAACAUUUAUUGUCUGAUUAUUUUGUAACAAUUACUGACAGAAUAUAUACAUGAUUACAUUGUUACUACACAAGCUUUUAGCACAGUCAGUAUAAUAUGUCAGAGCCAGGUUAUCCAUAUGAGAGAGCUCAGCCCCAUGUGGCUAAUAAAUUAUACAUUUUAUUCAAUUACGGAUUUAACACAAGUCUGGAUUUUUUUGCGAGCUUGUUGUCAUAGCAACAAGCCUUUAAACACAAACCUACCAAAGGGUUUCCUGGAAAAUGAAGUCAUUGUCAGAAAUCAGAUCAGAUCCUUUCUGCCCAGACUAAAACAGGGAGUAAUUGAUUUGUUUGUCACAUUCAAGUCAAAUGUAUAUCUAAUUGAUCAGUCAGGCUACACAACAGCAGAAGAUCAGUUCACAUCACUAAUCAAACCUCUAACUGCAUCGGAAGGACCAAGUUGUCCAAGAGAGGAUGAUCAGAAUCAGUUGAGCUGGAUUAUUUCAUCCAUGUUUGGAGAACAUGCCCCUGAUCUUCACCAAUGUGUCACAGAAAUGAUGAUCCACUUGUUCUCCCAAACUCACCGAACUCUGUCAGCUCAAACUAACAGGUUGAAACAUGUUCUCUCAUAAAUGGAUCAGAAAGUUUCCUGUAAAGGUUAAAUCAUAACAUCAUAAACAGUGAUAUUGUUCACUCUGUGCACUUUUUCAUCCUUCCAAAUAAUUACUGGUGUAGCCCUUACAGUGCAAAAAAUUUGCAUACAGUCAGCAUAUAUGAAGAGAACUAUUUUCAAUGAUGAAUUAACUAAUAAUGUAUUAAUAAUUAAUACCAACUUAGAAAGUUCUCUCAACGAAGCCUCAGUGACACUGACAGGAAAUGAUGGUACUGGGAAAUAAAGCAUUGCCAAAUGUUGGUGGAACUAUUUUACAAUAAUCGUUCAAAAAGAUGUAAUCAUUUUAUUUAAAAAAUGUGGUUUCUUCUAUGGAAUAAAAAGGAAUAAAUUCGACUUAAAGAAUCAGUUGAAUCACAAAAGAGUAACAUAACAUAUUAAUGUAUGUAUGCUUUAUAACUCCUGGAUUUGAACAGUAUUACAUGUAUCAGGAUUCACAUUAGCUUCAUCAGAGCAGAGACAUCAGUCAUCAGAUCACUGAAAACAGUAUUACCUCCUGUCAGUCAGAGGUUUCAUUUCACAGUAAGAAUUGAACACUGAUACUGUAUCAACUGAUUUUAAGAUAUAUAUAUUUGCAGACAUUAUUGGCUGAUAUAUUAUUCAGUUAUUCAAAAGUUGAGAUGUUGUCAGUACGGGCUUUAAAAACCCUGUUCUGACUAAUUAAAAUAUGUUUGAAGGUGAGGAGCUGUUGCACAAAAAUAGAUUUUUAGUUUACUAUUGUGAGAUAACUUAAUUUAAAAUCGUCCCUGCUAACCCUAACCCUGAAUUAGCUGGAUGAAUUUAUCUGGAUAACACGCUGUGUUGGGGGUUAGGGGCUGUAGGUCGUGAACUGUUUCUGUGGGUCUAAACUAAAAAACACAGAGACACAGUUGUGUUAAAAUCCGUAACCAGAGCUCAAUAGCUGCCAGUUCAGUUCUCAGCUCCCCAUACAAAGUUUUUCACCUUUGAUAACUUUUGCAAAGCUGUUUUCUGUACAGUUUGCUGAUUAGACCACUCUGUCAUGACAACAUUAGAUUCCAUUAAACCUCAUUAACAGAACGAGUGCUGGUAUUUUUAACCUAAAUCCUCUGCUGCUUUUCUUUUGCAUGAUGUUUUUUUUUUGAGAAUUUAUUUUCACUGGACAAUCCUCGACCUUUUUGCAUUAGAAGGUUUGUAGAACUGUUUCUUUGUGUUGGAUGUUAAUGAGUGAAGUGAGAAUGGAGGAUAAUUGAGUUGUGAUGCAAAGUUUAAUUGUUAAUGCACUUAUCCACUCAAUAUCUUGGACACCCAUAGGUUCCCAUUACAUUCAGCUGCACACCAGUAGGAAAAGAGAAAUCUAUGACUUGACUCUAUGAACUCAUGUGACUGUGUGAGAGUGACUGAAGUGUUUUAUUGCAGUGGGGUGAAUCUCUGAAGAUGAAGGGGUCCAGUCCUGUCACAGCUAAUGUGGCGGACAGGACAUACUGUACUACCUGUAUGAAAACUCACCUCCUCCUCCAUGUUUGAUUAGUGACAGUGAUACACGCUCAUUCACUUCAUUUAUGCCUACACUUUCUGUUCUACGCAAACACAUAGACAUUGUUACAUAUGUACAUUGCUGUACUGGUUAUGCACCGUUCUGUAUAUACUUUUCAGCAUAAUGAGAGCAGAUCUAAUGUGAAUUAAAGUUUUGAACUGUGACUAAA